GGCUGCCUCACUUCCGGCUUCUGAGCCCUUCCUCCCGUGAGUCUCAGCGCCACGCCCUGCCCGUCUUCCUCUCUUGCGCACCGGCACCCCGCGCAGCUGCAAGAUGGCGGACCGGCCCGUUCCCCUCAGAGACACCAGGCUGCUGGACGUGAAGCUGGGCCAGAUGCCCAGCUGGAUCGCAAUGCGGGAUUUCACCCCCUCCGGGCUGACGGGGGCUGUGCGAAGAGGUUAUGACAGAUACUUAAAUAAGUACAUCAAUGUGAAGAAAGGGAACAUCGGUGGUGCCGCUAUGGUGCUUUUUGGUUAUGUUGUUGUCAGCUACAUUUGGAACUAUGAGCACUUGAAGCAUGAUCGUUGGAGGAAGUAUCAUUGAAACAUUAACUUACUGCAGCAAUGCAAGUUGCAGACCUGGACGCAGCUGCUGGAACAACUUUCCCUGAUGAAGGCAUAUAAGCCAGUCACACUGAAUUCUGUAACUGUUAUAAUUCCAGGCAGAUUCUAUGACCAAUAAAAUAUGUACUUUAAGGUUGGUUGGUUUAUGUAACUAA